CACUCGCUAGGGUGGGUCUCACCCCCACCCCAGUGUCUCCACCAGCCGGAACAGAUUGGCUCUGGCAGAUCAGCCCCCUCCGAGUCGGGCAAGGGUCGCCUCUCGCGUGGGCAGUGAGCGUGGUAGACGCGCGAGGACUGGAGGAAGGGGACUUGGCCUUCUGGUGGCUGCGAGGCCGGGGGAGGGCGCCCUAACUGCUGGGGUCCGGAUCUUGGGCACCUCCCCCAGAGGUCCCUUUCCCCAGUCCUGGUGCGAGGCGCCCCGCCCCCUCCCUGAACCACCUCGCCAGAGCUUUUCCCCUACGUCCCUCCUGGGGCCCCACCAAAGUUUGGCUCUAGGGAAAGGAGGGAGUGGCCACUCGGUCACUGGGGUGCCUGAUCCUUUGACCUGAGCUCCGGGGGAAACAGGGGUGGAGCGGGUAGAAUGGGAACGAGGAGAGAUUUAGCAUGCUCUCUCCCUUUCACCAGUAGUGGCCAAGGGGUCUGAUGAGCUGGUCCUUUUUCCAUGGAGCAGCGGGAGCAAAUGGAAGCGGCUACUCUUUCUUCCCUGAGCCCUGGCGUAAAUAGCUCUGAAAGCUGGGGAACCCUGGGCCUGCAGACACCCCGCACCCUUCUUGUCUCCUAGGGGCUUCUAGUCAAGCCCCCCCCACACUCCCCGGGUCUACCUAAAAUUGCCAUGCUUGGCUUGAGUGAGGAGGGAAACAGACUCCACGAUCCAGUCCGGCUGUCGCCUGUUUCUGUUCAAGUUGAACUAUUGGGAGGGUGACACUUCCCAAGUCUCCUCAGUCCUGACCCCUGGCAUCAUGCAUCGAACCACACGGAUUAAAAUCACGGAGCUGAACCCUCACCUCAUGUGUGCCCUCUGUGGGGGCUAUUUCAUCGACGCCACCACCAUUGUGGAGUGCUUGCAUUCCUUCUGCAAAACCUGCAUCGUGCGCUACUUGGAGACCAACAAAUAUUGCCCCAUGUGUGACGUCCAGGUUCAUAAAACCCGACCACUCCUGAGCAUCAGGUCGGACAAAACCCUCCAGGACAUUGUCUACAAGUUGGUGCCUGGGCUUUUUAAAGAUGAGAUGAAACGGCGUCGGGACUUUUAUGCGGCAUACCCCCUGACGGAGGGUCCUCAGUCCCUUGCUCUAUCUUUGACCAACCCCUCUGAGCUGUCUCCCUCUACAGUCCCUAAUGGCUCCAACGAGGACCGCGGCGAGGUCCUAGAGCAGGAGAAGGGGGCUCUGGGCGAUGAUGAGAUUGUCAGUCUUUCCAUUGAGUUCUACGAAGGAGUCAGGGACCGAGAGGAGAAGAAGAGCCUCAUGGAGAACGGGGAUGGGGACAAGGAGAAGACAGGGGUGCGCUUCCUGCGGUGCCCAGCAGCCAUGACGGUCAUGCACCUCGCAAAGUUUCUCCGCAACAAAAUGGACGUACCCAGCAAGUACAAGGUGGAGAUCCUCUAUGAAGAUGAGCCCCUGAAGGAAUAUUAUACCCUCAUGGACAUUGCUUACAUCUACCCCUGGCGGAGGAAUGGGCCUCUCCCCCUCAAGUACCGUGUCCAGCCAGCCUGCAAGCGGCUCACCCUGCCCACAGUGCCCACUCCCUCAGAGGGCACCAACACCAGCGGGGCAUCAGAGUGUGAGUCUGUCAGCGACAAGGCUCCCAGCCCUGCCACCCUUCCGGCCACCUCCUCCUCCUUGCCCAGCCCUGCGACCCCAUCCCAUGGUUCUCCCAGCUCCCACGGCCCCCCAGCCCCCCCCCCCACCUCCCCCACUCCACCGUCGACCGCCUGUGGGACCACAGCUGCUACCAACGGGGGCACUUCGAACUGCCUGCAAACGCCAUCCUCCACCAGCAGGGGGCGCAAGAUGACUGUUAACGGAGCUCCUUGCCCCCCUUAACUUGAGGAAAGGGACCCUCUCCCGCAGCAGCCACCUCUCCCCCUCCCUUCUACUUUUUCUGGUCCCCUUUUUCCACCUUUGACUUUCCUGGUUCCUCCCAUCUUCAGAGUGGGAGGUGGGUUUUAUAAAUAAAUCUAUCUAUCUAUCUAUAUAUAAAUAUAUAUAUGUACAUAGGAAAAACCAAAUAUACAUACUUAUUUUCUAUGGACCAACCAGAUUAAUUUAAAUGCCACAGGAAACAAACUCUGUGUGUGUGUGUGUGUGUGUGUGUGUGUGUGUGUCUAGGGGGUCUUCUGUAGUUUGCUCUGCUCUUCUGGGGGGGUACCUGGUGGUCUUAAGAGGCCACUGGAAGUAUUAAAGCCCUCCCCUGUAUUUGUUCCACUUCCCGGGGCAGAGGGCAUGUUGGGUCUCCUAGCUGACCAGAUAAUGGGGUCUAUCUCUAAGCCCCCCCUAUUGUUGAAUGUCCAGAGAAUUGCUAAGACAGUGCCUUUAAAAAGUGCAGUUUGUCCUCUGGCUGCGAGGAUCAACUGGCCAUGGAGAAGGCAUUUCCCUCACCUCCUUGGACAGUGGGGCCCUUGUGCAAAGAAUAGAUGGUUCCACCUUUUUAUCCCCCACCCCCCCUUCUUUUUUUUCUUUUUUCCUGUGUGUGGCCUUUGUAUCAUUUAUCUUUAUGGAAGAGAAGAUUCAGGCUAUGGGGAGACCCCAGCCCUGCAAAGUCUAUGUGUGACUUUCCUUCUACCCUACCCUGACCCAGGAACCCCUACUAGCAAGACAGGGAGGUGACACUCCCUGGGGGCCUGGAGUGAAGGGUUGGGGCGUGGAACCCCGGACAAGCACAGGCCAACAGCUUUCUAGUCCACUUCCCCUCCCCUAGCUAAGGCGUAGCGGAGACAGGACAGAGGCAUUAGAAGCACAAGAAAAUAAAGUGGAAGCUGACCCCACUCUACCUAGUGGACCACCUAUUAGGGGCCGACCUUGCCUACCUGGUUUUCCUCAAGUGUACAUAGAUGGGGGGAGGUGGGGGGAGGAGACCAGGGUAUUGGCUCAGGUAUGUGAGGUCCUGAGCCUGUGGGGUCUCUUUGCGCCAUGUCCUGAGUCUGAGGUUCUGUGACUGUACCCACCUGUCCUGGGUCAUUUGUAUCUCUUGGUUUUGUAAUAAAUGCUGCAUACUCUU